UGCCCAAAAAAACCCCUGACGUGCAGUACAUGCAAAGGAUAGCCACACCUUUACAAACGAGACUGUUACAAUUAUCACCUACUCACUACCUUUUUACGAUGCCUGUGUCUUUGUCUCUGUCUUUCUCUUUCUCGCUCUCUCUCGCCCUCACAUUGAAAAUAAAAGAUUAGAGAGUAGAAACAUGCAAAUGAAAUUCAUCUUUACGCUCACUGUUACAGCAGCUGACUGCAAGGCAAGCGAGUGUUGAACUGUCACAGUCCUAGAAAAGCUUUUCAAUUCUGGUGGAUUGUUUUACAAAUUGAUAGGCGAGACAAAAAUGUAAACACUUCUUGGAAAGGCAGCUGGACCAUACAAGUUGGACAACAAACCAAUUAUGGAGAUCCAUCAUUACAUCUGGCUUUUCUCUAUAAUAAACUCUUGUUCAGGUUCAGGACCAGGUUUCAAUGAUGACCCAGACAUAGAUCCAAGGUUUUAUAACCUUGACUGGAUGGAAUCUAUACCUGAUGAGACUUCAGUAUCUGCUCUCUCCAUACCUGGAACACAUGAAAGCUUAUCAUUACACGGAGGACCUCUUGCUAUAUGUCAAGUUUGGACAUUGGACAAACAACUAAAAAUGGGACUACGGUAUUUUGAUGUGCAUGUUGGGAAUUUUUUUUAUACCCAAAAAUAUAUUUAUAUCCGGGAUAGUCAUUGGAUGUUUUGGCAACAUAUUGAUUUUGAUGAAGUGCUCAGGACUAUUUUCCACUUUUUAAAUGGCCACAGUAGUGAGUGUGUGCUUGUGAAAGUAACAAUACAUGGAAGUUUCGAGGGGAAAGUCAGAGAAUUGUUGACUGAAUUAAUUGAAAAGUACAGAGAUAAAAUAUGGACCAAGCCAUCAGUACCAAACAUGAAGCAGGUGAGGGGCAAGAUUGUUUUCAUCAAGAGUAAGAUGUUCUAUCCUGGCACAGAAAACCGUGAGUCUUUUUUCUUUGAAAACAAGAAGCUAAUCAAUGUAGAAAGCAAAGUAAGGAAUAUCAGGUCACAACUCUGCGGUCACCACAUUGUGUUGACUGACAGUGCAGCAUCACGGUUUGAGAAUCCUAAAAAGCUGGCUCAAACACUUAACAAGCAGCUAAAUAACUUUGUGGUACAACAUAAGCAAAGCUCCUCAAACCAAGGCUGCUUAGGAGUCCUAAGCAUGAACUUCCCGGGUGCUGAUCUUAUUAAAAACAUCAUUCAACUCAAACCAUGCAAUUGUGUAAAAGGCGCAAAUGCAGAAGAUGAAAAAGGGAAGAUUCAAGUGACAGCUGAGCCAAAAUCCAAGCCGGAUUUGGAAACAACAGAUGAAACAACAUCUGGGCCUGAGUCGGAAACAGCAGCUGAAGAAGAACCUGCAGCAGACAUGACGACACCUGGAUUGGAUUUGGAAACAACAGAUGAAGCAACUCCUGGACCUGAGUCUGAUACAACAGGUGAAGAACCACCUGCACCAGACUCAACAAUGCCUGUGCCUGAGAUGGAAACAGCAGCUGAAGAAGAACCUGCAGCAGACACAACAACACUUGGGUCAGAUCUGGAAACAACAGAUGUGGCACCAUCUGGGCCUGAGUCAGACACAGCAGCUGAAGAAGAACCUGCAGCAGACAUAACGACACCUGGAUCGGAUUUGGAAACAACAGAUGAAGCAACUCCUGGACCUGAGUCUGACACAACAGCUGAAGAAUCGCCUGCACCAGACUCAACAAUGCCUGUGCCUGAGAUGGAAACAGCAGCUGAAGAAGAACCUGCAGCAGACAUAACAACACCUGGAUCGGAUUUGGAAACAACAGAUGAAGCAACUCCUGGACCUGAGUCUGACACAACAGGUGAAGAACCACCUGCACCAGACUCAACAAUGCCUGUGCCUGAGUUGGAAACAGCAGCUGAAGAAGAACCUGCAGCAGACACAACAACACUUGGGUCAGAUCUGGAAACAACAGAUGAAGCACCAUCUGGGCCUGAGUCAGACACAGCAGCUGAAGAAGAACCUGCAGCAGACAUAACGACACCUGGAUCGGAUUUCGAAACAACAGAUGAAGCAAGUCCUGGACCUGAGUCUGACACAACAGCUGAAGAAUCGCCUGCACCAGACUCAACAAUGCCUGUGCCUGAGAUGGAAACAGCAGCUGAAGAAGAACCUGCAGCAGACACAGCAACACUUGGGUCAGAUCUGGAAACAACAGAUGAAGCACCAUCUGGGCUUGAGUCGGAAACAGCAGCUGAAGAAGAACCUGCAGCAGACAUAACGACACCUGGAUUGGAUUUGGAAACAACAGAUGAAGCAACUCCUGGACCUGAGUCUGACACAACAGGUGAAGAACCACCUGCACCAGACUCAACAAUGCCUGUGCCUGAGUUGGAAACAGCAGCUGAAGAAGAACCUGCAGCAGACACAACAACACUUGGGUCAGAUCUGGAAACAACAGAUGAAGCACCAUCUGGGUCUGAGUCAGACACAGCAGCUGAAGAAGAACCUGCAGCAGACAUAACGACACCUGGAUCGGAUUUGGAAACAACAGAUGAAGCAACUCCUGGACCUGAGUCUGACACAACAGCUGAAGAAUCGCCUGCACCAGACUCAACAAUGCCUGUGCCUGAGAUGGAAACAGCAGCUGAAGAAGAACCUGCAGCAGACAUAACGACACCUGGAUCGGAUUUGGAAACAACAGUUGAAGCAACUCCUGGACCUGAGUCUGACACAACAGGUGAAGAACCACCUGCACCAGACUCAACAAUGCCUGUGCCUGAGAUGGAAACAGCAGCUGAAGAAGAACCUGCAGCAGACACAACAACACUUGGGUCAGAUCUGGAAACAACAGAUGAAGCACCAUCUGGGCCUGAGUCAGACACAGCAGCUGAAGAAGAACCUGCAGCAGACAUAACGACACCUGGAUCGGAUUUGGAAACAACAGAUGAAGCAAGUCCUGGACCUGAGUCUGACACAACAGGUGAAGAACCACCUGCACCAGACUCAACAAUGCCUGUGCCUGAGUUGGAAACAGCAGCUGAAGAAGAACCUGCAGCAGACACAACAACACUUGGGUCAGAUCUUGAAACAACAGAUGAAGCACCAUCUGGGUCUGAGUCAGACACAGCAGCUGAAGAAGAACCUGCAGCAGACAUAACGACACCUGGAUCGGAUUUGGAAACAACAGAUGAAAUGAAGCAACUCCUGGACCUGAGUCUGACACAACAGCUGAAGAAUCGCCAGCACCAGACUCAACAAUGCCUGUGCCUGAGUUGGAAACAGCAGCUGAAGAAGAACCUGCAGCAGACAUAA